AUGUCAGAAGCACAAGAAUCUUUGGUCAAGCAUGAGCCUACAUUUUCUAACACCCUUACUUUCUUUUUAAAUUUUUUGGCUAUUAUUCCUUUAGCGGGUUUGCUUACUAUGGCAACCGAGGAAAUUGCCAUGAAAACCUCUCCGACAGUGGGUGGAUUGUUAAGUGCUACAUUUGGGAAUGCAAUUGAACUUAUCAUAUCUAUUAUCGCACUUGAUGAAGGGUUGAUUCGUGUUGUUCAAGGCCUUAAGUAUAAAGAACAGGAAUUUAAUAUUACUGCAGCGCAAACAUCGUCAUCUCUUUUGGCGUUGACAAUGAUCUCACUGGUUAUUCCCGCCGCAUAUUCUUCCACUACCGAAAGUGAUAAGGUUGCUGCAGAGGGGUAUGAAGGUGUAAAAGAUGAAGAUGAGGAGCCAAAAACUAUACUUGCUGUAUCAAUAACCACUUUGAUCAUUGUAACUGGUUUUGUUACCUUAUGUGCAGAGUUUCUCGUUGAUAGUAUAGAUGGUUUGGUUGAAAAUUGGGGCAUUUCUACUACAUUUGUGGGUAUUGUCUUGAUUCCAAUUGUUGGUAACGCUGCUGAGCACGUGAGUUCGGUAACUUUUGCUUUAAAAAAUAAGAUGGAUCUUUGUAUCAUCGUUGCUCUUGGAUCAAGCAUGCAAAUCGCGUUAGGAGUGACUCCUAUCCUAAUAUUGAUUGGUUGGAUAAUUAAUCAACCACUGACUUUAUUUUUUGAGACAUUUGAAACUUGCGUUUUGGUGGUUUCGGUUUUGAUUGUUAAUUAUUUGAUUCAGGAUGGUCAAUCGAACUGGCUUGAAGGUGCAAUGUUGUUGGUAAGUAUUUUUCCUUCAAGUCUAUGA